AUUUCAUAUCAAUAUUAUUGCUUCUAUAUUUUUAUUUGAUUCAGGACUUUAUCAUUUGAGGACCUGCUUCUUACAGUUGCGACAUACAGACAUAAAGGAACACUAACAAUCAAUUCUUUGAUCUCUAGUUAACACCUACUCUAUUUAAUCUUCUUCUCUCUUCAGUCAAUCUUUUUUUUUUUUUUCAACUCUUUUAACCUUCCAACUUUCUCUUUGAACAUUAGCUUUCGCAAUGGCAAAGAUCUUGACAAUUGUCAUGCUGGUCUUUGUGUCCAUGGCCGGAUGGAUGUUCGGUGCUGACACAGGAUCCAUUGGUGGUAUCACAAACAUGCGCGACUUUCAAUCACGAUAUGCAGAUAAAUAUGACAAGGAAACAGAUACUUAUUCGUAUUCAUCCGCGAGACAGGGUUUACUGACUGGUAUGGUCAACAUUGGAUCCAUGACAGGCUGUAUUCUUUCUUCUCCGUUUGCUGAUCGUCUGGGUAAGCGUAACUCAAUUCUCUUCUUCACCUGUGUCUACCUCAUCGGUAUCAUUGUACAACUCACAACACUCCCUUCCUGGGUACAGUUCAUGGUCGCAAAGAUGUGGACUGGUCUCGGUAUUGGUGCUCUUUCUGUGCUCGCUCCUGGUUAUCAAUCUGAAGUUGCUCCUGCCGCGAUGCGUGGUGCCAUUGUCACUACUUACCAACUAUUCAUUACCGCCGGUAUUUUCAUCGCCGCUUGCAUCAACAUGGGCACUCAUAGACUUGCAAAGAGCACAUCUUGGCGUGUCCCUAUUGGUAUUAACUUGCUCUGGGGUAUCAUUACUCUUGUAGGUAUCCUUUUCCUCCCUGAAUCUCCUCGUUACUUAAUUUCCGUUGGCAGAGAUGCAGAAGCUUUGCAAAUUAUGUGCAAGAACAAUGACCUUCAUCUUGAGCACGAGGUCAUUCAAACUGAAUACCAUAUGAUCAAAUCGGACUGUGAAGCUGAGUUGGCUGGCGGCCCUGCUAAAUGGCCAGAAAUCUUUAGCAAAAAUAUCCGCUAUCGUACAUUCCUUGGUAUUGGUGUCAUGUCCCUUCAGCAACUUACCGGAAAUAAUUACUACUUUUAUUAUGGUACUCAAGUAUUCCGCGGCACUGGUAUGACCUCUCCCUACUUAGCAGCAUUAAUUCUCGACGCCGUAAACUUCUGUUGCACCUUCGGAGCUCUUUAUGUAAUGGAACAUUUUGGUCGUCGUACUCCUCUAAUUAUCGGUGCACUUUGGCAAUCACUUUGUUUUUUCAUUUACGCCGCAGUCGGAGAUCGUUGCUUAUAUAAAUCAGAUGGAUCCACUAACCACCAAGCUGGUACUGUAAUGAUUGUUUUCUCCUGUUUCUUCAUUUUUGCUUUUGCUCAAGCUUGGGCUCCCGGCGCGUAUGUUAUUGUUGGUGAAUCGUACCCAAUUCGUUUCCGUUCCAAAUGUGCUGCAGUAGCUACUACCGGUAAUUGGUUCUGGGGAUUCUUAAUUUCAUUUUUCACUCCCUUCAUCACUAAUACCAUUGGAUUCAAGUAUGGCUAUGUCUUUGCUGCUUGCAACUUGUGUGCUGCUAUUGUCAUCUUCGCCUUUGCCCACGAAACCAAAGGUCUUACGCUGGAAGAGAUCAAUCUCGUUUAUAUUUCUGGUCGCAAGCCCUGGUCACACCGUCCCAAGAAUAUUGCCAGCUACUCUGAACAACAUAAGGAAGCUUUCGAAGAUGACAAGCAUGAUAAGGCCGAUCUUGACAACUUUACUUCUGACAGUAUGGAAAAUGCUUCGUCUUCUCCUUCAAAGCCAAAGUCAAAGUAUAUCGACAAUGUCGAGGAGGUAUGAAGUUAUAAAAUUUCCAAAGGAUCUUCAUGUCAUCCAUGUUUAGAAGUUAUUGAGAUUCAUUAAAUCCUCUUUUUUGGAUUUCUAUAAAAGCCACCUAAAUCGUUCCACGAUGUAAAAACCCUAUUCAUUCUUAAUUGAAUGAGUUCAAACUAAAUUUUGUGUUCCUUCACACAUUUCAUGAGUUAUGACACCCCAUUUAUUUGUAUGAAUGCAUCCUUGUUGAUUCACAUACAAUUUGUUAAUAUGCAUCCAUGCUGGCAUUACCUUCCAUCUUACUUAUUGCACUACACACCAUAAGGAAUCAAUGAAGAACCUUUGGCAUUUUCAGCCAUAUUUCACGAUGUACUCAAUCAACCUCAUUAGUUAGAAAACAGCGAACGAAGUCUCGUACUCGUUUAUAAGUAACCAGCAUCUAGAAAGGCAAAUAGGAUAAUUUCAUGUAUAUCUCUUCUUGCCUUCCUUGGAGACUAUCCUUCUUUUCUUAAAGCAACCAACUUUUGUUUAUUGUUUAUAUUGAGCCCCUUAAUUUGAUAAAUAAAUUGAUCAAGUACUGGCAAGCUGAAUCAAGAAUGUUUACAACUGUCAUUUAUAGUAGAUUGGAAUGUAUGAUAAAGCUGCAAUG